UGAAGACAGGAGAGCUACAUCUAUCUGCAAUCCGGAUGAGCUCUCCGACUCACUUGAGUGUCCUCUACUGUCACAUUUCAGAUACCAUCUCUCAUCUCUCCCCAAUUAUAGGUAUCGACAAACAAUCCAGUUUACUCAAACUUAUCUAAAAAUUGGACACAACCCCAGUCCAAUGUCAGCCUCUUUUUUAAUAUCUAAUCCAUGUUGUGUCAAAUUCUCCUCAAAUACAACAACUCCAUUCAGACCAACUUUGUCUCCUCCUGUCUAGUGUCUGCUCGAAAGCACCACCACCCACCACCCUUUCCUUCAUUUUUGUGCCUCUGUUGAUAUCUUAGUUUUGGUGAACAAAACAACCAUGCUCUGAAGUUGGUCACCAUUCUUUUCUAGUGUCUUCCUCUGGUUUUAUGAAUAGGGGAUGCAAAUUCAUCUCUGUAUUCAUGAAACCAUGUGUCUCAAGAGAAACAAUCUCCAUUUCUUCCUGUGUGUUUUUCUUCUUCUUCUGGUUUCUUCGUCAGCUCUGAAUACUGAUGGGGUUCUUCUCCUUUCAUUCAAAUACUCCAUCCUCAAUGACCCAUUAUCGGUCUUACAGAACUGGCACUACAAUGAUGAAACACCCUGUUCUUGGAACGGAGUGAGAUGCACGGAACUUGGUAGUGCGAGGACGCCGGACAUGUUCAGGGUCACCGGUUUGGUUCUCCCCAGCAGCCAGCUUCUGGGUUCAAUUCCUGCAGAGCUCGGUUACCUCGAGCACCUUCGCCAUCUAGAUCUCUCCAACAACCUCUUCAAUGGUUCUUUGCCAGGUUCACUCUUCAACUCCACGGAGCUUCGAGUACUCUCUCUGUCCGGUAAUGUGAUUUCUGGUGAGUUACCGGAGUUUGUCAGCGUUGCGAUUAGUCUUCAGUUCUUGAAUCUCUCCGAUAAUGCCUUGUUUGGGAAGGUACCCGAGCAUAUCACUGCUCUGAAGAACUUAACCAUUGUUUCUCUGCGGUGCAACUAUUUCACCGGUGGCAUUCCGAGCGAGUUUGGGUCAGUUCAAGUGCUGGAUUUGUCUUCGAAUCUGCUUAACGGGUCUCUCCCUUUGGAUUUCGGCGGUGACAAUCUCCGUUACUUGAACUUCUCUUACAACAAGAUUUCAGGGUCAAUCUCGCCGGAGUUUGCUAAACGGCUACCGCAAAAUGCUACAAUCGAUCUUUCCUUCAAUAAUUUAGAGGGGGCGAUUCCAGAGUCUCUCGCUCUGCUUAAUCAAAAAGCAGAGUCUUUUUCCGGCAAUGUCGGUCUGUGUGGGAAGCCGCUAAAAAACCUCUGCUCAAUUCCUUGGACUCUCUCCACUCCACAGAAUGUGUCGACUACGAGUACAUCGCCAGCAAUUGCGGUGAUACCAAAGCAAAUUGACUCCAAACAGGGAACAAACAGGUCGAGUGGACAAAACAAUACAGGGGGCCGUCUGAAACCGGGUACAAUAGCAGCAAUAACGGUGGCGGAUUUGGCCGGAAUAGCCAUACUCGGGAUGAUCAUCCUCUACGUCUAUCAACUCAAAAUCCGAAAAAAGCCCAAUCGAGCAACUGGAGCAACAAACUCAGAUAAAAAACCUGCGAAUUUUAAUGUUUUGUUUUCAAAAUGUCCAGAACAGCCACCAGAAUCGUCAUCCUGUUCAUGCAUACGAUUAAAACUCAACGAGACAUCAGAGACCGGUAGCAGCUCCGAGGGGACAAUCAAUGAGAUGAGCCCGAACCCAGCAGAGCCAUACCAGAAAAGAGGAAAGCUGGUGACGGUGGACGGCGAGACCCAAUUAGAGUUGGAGACGCUGUUAAAAGCCUCGGCGUAUAUCCUCGGAACGAGCGGGUCUAGCAUAGUGUACAAGGCGGUGCUGGUGGACGGAGGGGUGUUUGCAGUGCGGAGGAUUGGAGAAAGCUGCGUCAAGAAAUUGAAGGAUUUCGAUACCCAAGUGAGAAUCAUUGCCAAAUUAAGACACCCAAAUCUGGUUCCGUUGCGCGGGUUUUACUGGGGAGACGAUGAGAAGCUCGUCAUCUACGACUACGUCCCCAACGGCAGCCUCACCACCGCCGGUAACAGAAGAGCUAGUUCCUCACCAAGCCAUCUAUCUUUGGAGGCGCGUCUCAAGAUAGCAAGUGGUGUAGCACGGGGACUAGCCUACAUUCAUGAACGGAGACAAGUGCAUGGUAACAUCAAACCAUCCAACAUCCUCUUGAGCUCCGAUAUGGAACCAAUAAUUAGUGACUUGGGCCUAGACCGCCUCAUCUCGGCCGAGAACAACUCCAAACCAAGCGGUGCAGGCCGGUUCUUAGACAGCCAACAGUCCACAUCAUCUCGUGAUGGACCAUUAGAUCACACAACCAGUUUGAGCUCUUGCACAUCCGCUGGCUCCUCCACAAGGUUUGUAUCACUGUAUCAAGCUCCAGAGUCGCUUAAGAACCUCAAGCCGAAUCCUAAAUGGGACGUGUACUCUUUUGGUAUGAUAUUGCUUGAGCUUCUCACCGGUAGGGUGUUUACAGACUGGGAGCUAAGUCAGUGGGCGGUGGCGACUGGUUCGGUUGUAGAGGAGAAGAACCGAGUUUUGAGAUUGGUUGAUGCGCCAAUCAGGGGUGAGGUAGAGGCCAAGGAAGAGGCCUUACUGGCGUGUUUUAAGUUGGGAUUUCAGUGUGCUUCUCUUUUGCCUCAAAAGAGACCGUCUAUGAAAGGAGCAAUUCAAGUCCUAGAGAAGAUACCUCCCACAACUUUAUGCUAGAUAAUGAUGUAUGUAGGUCUUACAAAAGUGAUCCUUUGUUGGUACAGAAGCGUUUUCUUCCCUUUUUGUUGCUGUUUCAUUGUUUUGAUGACUUCCAAGUUGUGUAUAAGGGCACGAGGACGGAUGGUUUUUUUUAAU